AUGAGUCUAGUUCAGUGGGAUACUAACGAUAGGGUUUGUAAUGAUUUAGAUGAAUUGGCUAAAAGUAUUGCUAAUUUGCAAUUGAAUCAAAAAAACAGUUACGUCAGACCAUUUGGUGAUUUGAUCAAGAUUUUAAUCGUAGUAAAGACUGGUGAUGAUUCUUUACUUUAUUUAGCAAGAGAAUUAGUGGAAUGGAUCCUGAUAAAACAUCCUGAAAUUACUUUAUACAUAGAAGAUACUCUAGAAGAUUCUGAACAGCUAGAUGUUAAAGCUUUGUAUAAAGAUAGUAAGUGUAAAAGUCAAAAGAUUCAGUUUUGGAACCAGAAAUGGAUUGAGGAGAACCCACAUGUGAUAGAUUUGGUUUUGACUUUAGGUGGUGAUGGUACCGUUUUAUUCGUUUCGAGUAUUUUCCAGAAUAGAGUGCCUCCAGUUCUAUCAUUUUCAUUGGGUUCGUUAGGUUUCUUGACUACUUUUACCUUUGCUGAUUUCAAGAAAGAUAUCGAUGUGACUUUGCAAAAUAAAUUACCUGUAAAUGUAAGAAUGAGAUUAUUAUGUAAAGUAUAUCGUAAACUACCAACUAAGGUUGAUCCUGCCACUGGUAAAAAAAUCAGAGGAGUUAAAGUCAUCUAUUCAAAUAAUGUCUUGAAUGAAGUCACAAUUGAUAGAGGUUCAAGCCCAUUUCUAUCUAAUUUAGAAUUAUAUGGUAAUGGUACCUUAUUCACCGUCGCUCAAGCUGAUGGUCUAAUCAUUGCUACACCAACAGGCUCGACUGCCUAUUCCUUAAGUGCUGGUGGCUCACUAGUUUAUCCAAAUGUCCACGCUAUGGUUGUUACCCCUAUCUGUCCAAACUCAUUGAGUUUUAGACCAAUCAUUUUACCAGAAACUAUGGUGCUACAAAUUAAAGUCCCUGCUAAAUCAAGAGGUACUGCCUGGGCUGCCUUCGAUGGUAAGGAUAAACUUGAACUUCAGAGAGGUGAUUACAUUAUGGUUGCAGCAAGUCCAUUCCCAUUCCCAACGUAUGAAUCAUCACCAACUCAAUAUAUCGACAGUAUUAGUAGAACCUUGAAUUGGAAUUUAAGGGAACCUCAAAAAUCAUUCAGCUCAGUUUUAUCUCCAAAGAAUUUAGAGAAAUAUAAUUUAGCUGAGAGUAAAAAGCAUACUAUGCAAAAAUCUGAUAGUGAUGUAUCACUAGCUUAA